AAAUCGCCCUUGGUACACACACAACUCUUCCAUCUAUCUCCAAGCGACGUUCCCGAUUCUCUCUAUUUAAUGAUCACCGCUGCCCACCCUUCCCCUUACGAAACCUUAGUCCUUAGAGACACAGGCAGUUGUACCAUCUCUUCUCUGCCUUCUCUUCUCUAUUCACUCCCAGACGAAACACCAUUAACUCAGAGUCACACACAGACACUCCUUCUGCAACAACAGGUUACAGGUGAAGAAGAAAAAGGAAGAGUUCCGGAGUUUCAGAGCUUUCAAUAAGCUGCUUCUUUUAACUUAUAUUUUAUACGGAUUACGUUCGUCCACUUUCACCUCCGCCUCAGGCUCAGAGUUCAGUUCCUCUCAACAGCACCACUCCAAAUUUAUAUUGAUAAGCAACUAAGAAUAGCUCAAUGCCGAGAAAAGGAAUGCGGACCAUCUUCUUCUCCUUUUCCUCCAAGGACCUAUCCUCUUCCUCUUCGUCCACCCAUCCUCCCUCCCCCCUCCGCACCUUCUCCGAAUCCGAAACCACUAUGGCUGCAAAUAUCGAGGUUGCCGAAUCAAUCAUCACCAAAUGGGAUCCUAAUUCCUCCAGCUACGCCAAAGUUACUUCCCUCUUCUUUGAGAGCCGAAAUGAAGCUAGGGAGUUCAUCAAAUGCGUCAUGGAUUUGCAGAAAUCCAUGCAUUAUUUCCUUUCUCUUGGUUCCUCGUCUGACAUGCUCAUCCGCGCCCAACGCCUCAUGCAGAUUGCCAUGAAGAGGCUUGAGAAGGAAUUUUAUCAGAUUCUCUCCGCCAAUCGCGAUCAUCUCGAUCCCGAAUCCAUCUCCGGCCGCUCCUCCCUCGUCUCCGCCUCCGCAAGAUCCAGCACCUCCGAUUACGAUGACACUUAUGAAGACGACGUCCAUGUCGUCGCUCGCUCUAUCUCCGAGGUCGAGCAAGCUUCCACGCUCGCAAUGUCGGAUCUCAAGUCCAUCGCCGAUUGCAUGAUUUCCUCGGGCUACGGUAAAGAGUGCGUGAAGAUCUACAUGAUCAUCCGAAAAUCAAUCGUCGACGAAGGUCUCUACCGUCUCGGAAUCGAGCAGCUCACCUCCUCUCGCAUCCAAAAGAUGGAUUGGGAUGUCUUAGACGUUAAGAUCAAAACCUGGCUCAACGCCGCCAAGGUCGCAGUCAAGACUCUUUUUAAAGGGGAGAGAGUUCUUUGCGAUUAUGUCUUCUCUACCUCUGCGUUCAUCAGAGAGUCGUGUUUCUCGGAGAUCUCUAAAGAAGGGGCAAUCAAUCUCUUCAAAUUCCCCGAAUCCGUCGCCAAGAGCAAGAAAUAUUCUUCCGAAAAGAUGUUCCGAAUACUUGACCUCUACGAUACCAUCUGCGACCUUUGGCCCGAGAUCAAAUCGACCUUCUCCUUCGAGUCGACAGCCGCCGUCCGAAUACAAGCCCUCAAUUCACUCGUCAAGCUCGGUGACGCGAUCAAAAGGAUGCUAUUGGAUUUCGAAUCGGCAAUUCAGAAGGACUGGUCGAAAUCCCCAGUACCCGGCGGAGGAAUCCACCCUCUUAGCCGAUACGUGAUGAAUUUCUUAUGUUUCCUCGCCGAUUACAGCGGAAUCCUCUCCGAUAUCAUCGCCGAUUCGGCUUUACCGAAACACUCACCCCUUCCAGAGUCAUACUUCCUGAGCCAUCGGAAUUCCGAAGUUGAUCCAUCGCCGGCAGUUUCCGUUCGAUUGGCAUGGCUCAUACUCGUCCUGCUAUGCAAACUCGACGGCAAGGCUGAGCUGUACAAGGACGCACCCUUGUCGUACAUCUUCCUCGCAAACAACCUCCAAUACGUCAUCUCGAAGGUACGCACGUCGAACCUUCGGUACCUCCUUGGCGAGGAGUGGGCAUCCAAGCACGAGGCCAAGGUGAAACAGUACGUGGCCAAUUACGAGCGAAUGGGGUGGAGCAAGGUCAUAUCGACGUUGUCCGAAAAUCCUACGGCGGUGAUGUCGAAGGAGGAGGCGAAGAAGUGGUUCAAGAAAUUCAAUACAGCUUUCGACGAAGCGUACAAGAAGCAGUCGUCGUGGGUGGUAACGGACGGGAGGCUGAGGGACGAGAUUAAAGUGUCAAUUACGAAGAAAAUCGCACCGGCGUAUCGGGCAUUUUAUGACAGGUAUCGGAACCCGUUGAGAGAUGAGAACACUGCAGAGUCGGUAGUCAGGUUUGCCCCCGAUGAUUUGGGGAAUUACCUGUCGGAUCUAUUUUACGGGAACGGAUUAUCGGGGAGCACUUCAUCGUAUUCUUCUUCAACGGCAAAUUCCCGGGUAUUGCCUGCUCAUUCUCAAUCUCAGUGAGACGGGUGCUUAUUUUUCCCGCCGUUUCAAAAAAUAAAAAAUAAAAGAAAAAAAAGAAAAAGAAAACCUUGUUUCAUACACGCGGCCUAGGUCCUACGGUGUUUGUUUUUUUGGAGAAGUACCAGUCAGCCCAGAUCAGAAUUUUCUAGGCCCAAAUACAGGGAAAAUGCAUCUGACCGUGAAUUGAUGUCAACAGGAUGUGGUUUAUAGAGGGGAGAGGGCUAGUUGUAAAGAGGCUGGAAUUCAGAAUUCUGCAUCGUGUGUUUCCUUACUUUUCCGUUGUUUUUUCUCACUUACCAUUUGAAAUUUUGAUACGAAGACGGCAUUUUGUCCCGUUGAGAGAUGAAAACAAUGUAGAGUAGUCCUUGGUCAGAUUUGCCCCCAAUUCCCAUUGAUUUAGGUUAGGGGGGAAUUACCUGUUUGAUUUGAUCGAUCUAUUCUGUUGGAAAGAACUUCAUGAUGUUUUUCUUUUUUGUUUUCUCAGUGAGACGGGUGAUUAUUUUCUGUUUCAAUCGUUGUUACCUUCAGCAGUCAGCAGUUUGGUUUUUCUUUUUUUGUACGAAGACACACUAUAUACAUGUAUUUUAUAUUGGUCCUCGGAGAAAAAUGUGAGGUGAAAUGUAAUGGUGAGGUGGAAAUCCAUGUAAAUAUCCUUACGUAAAGAUCAUGUACUGUUAUCAAAACUAAAAUCAUCAUGCUUUUCUAUGGACUUUUCGUGGUUCGUCUUCUCA